UGAACAAGUAGUUGACAGUUGUCUCUUACACCUUGCCUCUCUGUUGACAACUUGAAUGAAGUCGUGUGUGAACGAGCACCUUACAGUGACGUCACAAUCACGUGAUUCGGCAAAAUUAUGGAGACCGGAAGAUAAGUAUGUUUGUAGAAGUUCUUGAACAGAUGGGGUGUGAACAAGCCCAGUAAAGCAUCGUGGUCAACUCAGCCAGUGACAGUUUGUUGUUUACAUUGUUCCAUAGGCUUGUAAUUGUGUUCAGAUCACCAUAAUAUAGAAACAUGACGGACAAUAAAGGGGACAACAUGUACAGUAUUCCACUCUCAAGUGACAGUGACUGUGGUGAACUAUCAAAUAAAAACUUCCAUAAUCAGACAGGACUGUCCAGUGAAAGUUUUAACAGUCUUGAUCCUGAUGCUAAUCCUGAUGAAUUGGAAGAAAAACAGAGACUAAUUAAUCAAGUUCUUGAAUUGCAAAACACUCUGGAUGAUCUGUCAUCAAGAGUGGACUCGGUCAAAGAGGAGAACUUGAAGCUGAAAUCUGAGAACCAAGUCCUCGGGCAGUAUAUAGAAAACCUGAUGGCUGCUAGCAGUGUGUUCCAGUCCACAGAUGCAAAAUCCAAGAAAAAGGCUGGGAAAAAGAAACCAGGAAAAUAAUUGUGCAAUAAGAACAUUAUCGGAUGAAAGAAUCAACAGUCAAGAUAGUUCAUAGAGAACGCCAUAAUUAGGAGUCAGCAAAACUGAAAAAAGAAAACCACUUGACUAUUAUCACAAUAUGUAAAUCCUACAACUUUUUAGUUCAUAAUUUUGUUGAUUUUAUUGUAGUAACCUUUUUUUGUAAAGUCUUCCUUUUUAUGAAAUCCAUUUAAGCUACAAAUGAAUUAAUAUCUAGGUUGUCUUGCAUUAUUGUAUGUACCUAUUCAUUGUCAUAGAAUUUAUAUUUUUUGCUUUUGCAAUAAUCCCUUGUUUUUAUAGAUUUGUUGAAAAACUGUUUUGUUUAUUUGUGAAUUGUUACACUGCCUUAAUGUUUCAAUGAUAUUAUGUGAGAAGUAUGCUUUGUGUCAUGUUUUUAUGUAAAUUAUCAAAUAAAACAGUUUACAAAAAAUAA